CUUUCUCUUGAUUAUUAACUUACCUACUUCAUCCUCCUCACCUCUCGCUUUGCAUUUUACUGUUGCAAAGCCUAACUUGUCCUGUGCCGGCGUUGGUCUAUACACGACAUCAUCCCUUGCGUCGCGUGCCGAGCUUCCAUCCAUCCAUCCAUCCAUCCAUACAGCUUCUCUUGGUUGCAGCUCGACAGUAAUUCCCAAAACAGCACCGCGGGCUUCCCGCUCCUCGACACAAGAUGUCGUACUCUUGGGUCGGAGCUCCGGCGGAGUUCAAUGGAACGAAUCAAGACCUUGGCGGUGACUCCAACGUCGAAAACCUAAACCAAUGGUUCGCAGCCGGAGAUCAAGCCUACAUAAUCGUAGCCUCAGCCAUGGUACUAGUCAUGGUCCCGGGUCUAGGAUUUCUCUACUCAGGCCUCGCACGAAGAAAGUCAGCCCUCAGCAUGAUCUUCGCAUGUAUGGGCUCAUACUCCAUCAUAACUUUCCAAUGGUAUUUCUGCGGAUACUCGCUCGCCUUCAGCAACUAUGCCGACAACAGAUUUAUUGGCGAUUUAAAGAAAUUCGGACUCAUGAAUACCCUCGCACAUCCUUCGCCCGGGAGCCCGUUGAUCCCUGAUCUGCUUUACUCGUUCUACCAGAUGCAGUUCUGCGCUGUUACGGCUGCUAUUGUUAUGGGAGCGGUUGCUGAGCGAGGUCGGCUCAUUCCGGCUUUGGUGUUCAUUUUCUUCUGGGCGACUUUCGUCUACUGCCCGAUUGCAUACUGGGGAUGGGGAGCCAAUGGUUGGGCGUACAAAUGGGGUGUUCUCGACUACGCCGGUGGUGGACCUGUCGAAAUCGGUUCUGGAAUGUCUGCUCUCGCCUACUCGAUGGUUCUCGGCCGACGGCAAGAAAAGAUGAUGUUGAAUUUCCGCCCACAUAACGUCUCUCUCAUCACGCUUGGUACAGUCCUCCUCUGGUUUGGCUGGCUCGGAUUCAACGGAGGUUCGUCGUUUGGUGCCAACCUUCGUGCCGUCUACGCCUGCUGGAACUCGAACCUGACUGCCAUGUUCGCUGCCAUCACUUGGGUUAUCCUCGAUUGGAGAUUGGCUCGCAAGUGGUCGAUGGUCGGCUGGUGUUCGGGAACCAUCUCUGGUCUCGUCGCCGCCACCCCAGCUUCUGGAUACAUUCCUCUCUGGGCGUCAGUCGUUCUCGGUGUCGUAACUGGUGUGAUAUGCAAUUUUUCAACCAAGAUCAAGUACUGGAUCAAGAUCGACGACUCCAUGGAUGUGUUCGCUGAGCACGGUGUCGCCGGCAUGAUCGGUCUCUUCUUCAACGGGAUUUUCGCCGCACCAUACGUCAUUGGUCUCGAUGGUGUCAACACCGGACUCUACCCAGGUGGUUGGAUCGAGCACAACUGGAAACAGCUCUACCAACAAAUCGCAUACAUCGCAGCAGCUACUGGCUGGUCAUUCGUAAUCUCCGCCCUCAUCGCCUACGCCAUCAACUACAUCCCCGGCCUGAAGCUCCGCGCAUCCGACGAGGCAGAACUUCUCGGUAUGGACGACGACCAGCUCGGCGAGUUCGCUUACGAUUACGUCGAGGUCCGCCGUGACUACUUAGCCUGGACACCCGCAAGCGAAGCACCGAACGCGAACGCCGACAUCCCCCAAUUCGAGCGCCAUGGCAUUCAACAGCACAGCGAAAUGCUUGAGGGCAAAGACCCGGCUGGAAGCGAGGGGAGCAGCGAUGGGAAUGGCACUGCUCAUACCGGUAUCGGUGGCGACCGACAUGGAAUCGCCUACGAACAAAUGCAAAAAGAAAAGCACGAGAAAAUCAGCGGUGGGCAUUAAAAAGUGCUCGCUCGCUCUCGGGUUCUGUUGUUGUUAUUGGAAUAAUUUUUUGUUCCAAAAUUUGUGAUAUGAACUGAGCAUGUUGAUGAGAUUUUUUGAGAUACCACGAACAACAGCACACGUUACUGCUAGUCGACUAGAGAGGAAAGAGCGAGAGAACAGACGCUAUCUAUCCAUCCAUCCAUCUCCCUUUG